UAACGGUAUAAUUUUACCUUUAUAAUCUUUUUACGAUGUGACUAUUUUUAAGAAUUUAGUGGUUAUUUUAAAACAUUUAACUGUCUAAAAUGUAAAGUAAUGUCACUCACAGUGACAAUAAGACAUUUAGAUUUAAAUACUUCCAGGAAUACACAUAGUAUAAGAAUGCUGAGCUUGAAUCCUGACGUAUAUUGUUUGUAAAGUAAUAUAUUUUUAGCAAGGAUGUCAGAAGUGUAACGUCAAAAAUGUAUGUAGAUCUUGGCUAGAUCCAGUUUAAUAAAAGGCCUAAUUAUACCUGUUGUAGGCCUUAUUUAAAAUGGCUGAUGUCUUACAACAAGUGCACCAAGGUCGGAGACGUCGAAUAUCAUCUAAUUCAAGCUUGAAUACAGAGGAAUAUGAAGAUGAGGCCUUGGAUCCAAGAAUACAGGUGGAAUUAGAAAAGUUAAACAAGGCAUCAGAUGAUAUCAACAAACUUGAGUUAGAAUUGGAUGAUGCCCGAGCCAGUUUUAGACAAGUUUUAUCUGAUUCCAUACAGAAACUCAAUGUUCUGGCUAAAAAACUUGGUAAUUGUGUUGAUAAAGCAAGACCAUAUUAUGAGGCCAGACAUAGAGCCAAGGAGGUUCAUAUGGAAACCCAUAAGGCAGCAUUACGAUAUGAAAGAGCAUGUAGUAUGCAUGAGGCAGCUAAAGAAAUGGUACAGUUAGCUGAACAGGGUUAUCAAAGACGAGAAGAUGAUUCGGACCCAGCUUGGCAAGAGAUGCUUAACCAUGCCACCAUGAAGGUAAACGAAGCUGAAUUAGAGAGAAUGGAAAGCGAAGCAGAACAUCAAAAAACAAUGAUGGUUUUUAAAGAAGGAGAGGCCAGAGUUCAACAACUUCAAAGAGAACUGAAACGAGCUAUUACAAAAUCAAAUUUGACAACUCGCAGAAGUUUCCUUCAGCUAAGUAAUAUUGCAAAUCGCCAUUGGUUGGAAAUUAUACCAUAUUUUGAGAUGAAAGCAAGAUUUAAUCAAAUAAUGGAGGAUCAGAAAGGUCGAGUGAGUAGAUUAGAAGAAGAUGUGACCUCAUCGAAAUCUUUAUAUUCCCAGGCGCUUCAUUCACUCGAGGCUAUAAGUGAUGAUAUUCAUCGACAAAGACUCGAAAAACAAACACAAAUACGAUUAGGGGUACGCGGAGCUGGUGUCGGGGCCGAAUCCCCUUCACCUCCCCCUCAAGGGGGGCAAAUUCGAAUGGAUGGUAGUGUCACUCCUCAUACAAGUAGCUGUUACGAUAUGACUGAAUUUUCUUUAACCAAUCAAGCACUGUCUAAGGUUUCUCCAAACUCACCGUCUCAUUCCAUGUCCGAUACAUGUAUUUCCUUGAAAAACUUUAAACCCCCUUCCAUUAUUCACUCAAGUCGUGACGAAGCAAGGAGAGCGAGUUAUCGAUGUGCAAUAGAGAAUAAACAAAACAGCAUCCAAAGUCCUACCUCAGGAGAAAGCAUUCGUUCUGCAGACUACGAAGAGGAUUUUGACGUUCCGUGUUUGGAAGAUGAAUAUAUGUCAUUACCCCCCAGGCGUAAAAGUAGUACACAGAUUUCAACUCAGGUACAAAAGAAAGCCGCCUUGGCCGAAAGCGAAGAAGAAAUAUUUCCAUGGAACGAAAACAAAAAAAUGCAAUCGAAACCUAUAGAUAUUAAACAAGAGCACUGUUUGUCGAGUAGUCCUGGUAGUCCGUCAUAUCUGGUUCAUAGACAUCUAACAUCUAGCCAUAGUACACCUGAUGAUAGCAGUAUUACUAGUUCUUCACCUUCAACACCCAAACAGAAGAACAAGCUACAAGGUUUAAUAUUACGGGUUAAUCCAAUCAUGGAACCAUUAUCGCAGGUUUAUCCACAGACCAUACAAAAAGAUGCCACACAGCAGUAUUCACACCAUCAGGAGGCAUUGGCGCCAGAAAAUCCGCAUUUAGUACAAACACGAGCUCAUAGAACUAGCUCUUUACCAUUAGAACGCACUUCAUUCAAAGAUACAGAUACCGGGAAUAUAUUACACGUUUCCAAGCCAGGCAAAAAAUCACACACUCCUGAUUCUAAAGAACUCAAUACCCAGAUUGAUAGAUUGAAUUCUCUACGGCUUCCAGAGUCUGUAGAGUCAGGAGAUGAUAACUCAGACACUGAAAGCAUCGCAAGUACUGGUCCUAUGUUAGAUGAUGAUCAAGUUGAGUAUUUAACGUUAGAUUUUAGCGAGCAAGCGAAACUUCCCAGUCCUUCCUGUACUCCUGCGUUACAGCGACAAAAUUGGAGUCGUAUUAGUUUACCCCCUAGGUUAAAUUACCUGGAACCUUACAUAGAGAAAAAUAGGACUGAUUUACCAAAGAAAACACCUAAUAUAGAUGUAGCUGAUUCGUCUGCUGAAGAGAGUAACAUUUAAUUUUAUUUUCUUUUAUCUGUGUUACCUAUAUUACGGUAACAUUUUAAACUGGAUAAGUGGUAAUGUGUAAUAGUGGUUUGGAAAUCAAAAUCAUAGAAAAAAGUCUUUUCGUGAAACUGUGAUUGAUAGUGAUGUGUUGAUUAUUUAUUCUUAUUUAUAACUUACAGACUUUUAGCGUAAUUUAUAUAGCAUGUGAGAUUAAUCUACUAUUUCCUUUGGUAGUGAUCUUGAUUGGUGUCUGAGACUGUGGAAUGACCCAUUAACAUAUAUUAAAUUGAUGAAUGAAUUAAACACACAAGGCAGUAGAAUGUCAAAAAUGUGUUUUUUAAGUCCUAAUAAAUUAAAGCGACUGAACAUCAUUUGUAUUUUGCGGACAAUCUGCGUAUCUAAUUUUUCAUGUUAAAAUGUCCUCAGAUUGAUUAUAUAAUAUUUAAUUAAGAAAGCAAAAACAAAAUACCAACAGUGGAUAUUCUUCUGGCAAAGAAUACAGGUGGGUUUGACGAUAUCCAUGUUAAAAUUGAUGCUUUUCAGUAAGACUAGUUUUUAUUGUGUAUGGCUUGAAAAUCUACAGGUAUAUUUACCUAUAUUUUUGAACAUUGGACCUUUUAUUUAAUUGAAUUAUAUGUUAAUUUUGUAUUCUGUGGUCUUAAACCCCAAUCUAGAUCACUUCACACAGUAAGUAGUGACUAAGAGGACGAUUCCAACUUGUGUAUUUAAUUGAUUAAGUAAUCAUUGGUACUCAGUUUUAAUGUCUACAAUAUACAUACAGUUUGUAGUGUAUGUUCGUGUCAGAGAGUUUCUGAUUUUUUAACUUGUUCUAAGUCUAAAUAUAAAAGACAUACUUACAAAUUAAUUGUUGUAUUGUCUUUAGAAAAAAAAAAGAUCCUUUAUUCUCAACUUUUGUUCUUUUAAACUUUAUAUUUAUUCUUUUUUUUUAUCAUUAUUAAUUAUUAUCCCUUCUAUAAAUAGUAGUCAAUUUUCACUGAUAUUUUAAUUGUUCUUGUCUUAGUGGAAUUUAUGCUUAAGACUUGCCAUUUAUAUUAAUGAAACCAAGAAGUAAAUAUGUAAAAUAUCUAACUAUUUAUGCAUCAAUGGUAUGAUAAACAAGUUACUAAAUAUAUGAUGCCAUUAUUUUCCAGAAUUAGGUCAAAUAACGGUUCCUGGAUCGGUCAAAACUAAAAUAUCUAACUAUUUAUGCAUCAAUGGUAUGAUAAACAAGUUACUAAAUAUAUGAUGUUAUUAUUUGCCAGAAUUAGGUCAAAUGAUAUUGAAAGCGUUCCUGGAUGUGUCAAAUCUAAAGCAGAAUGAAGUAGACAAAGAGGCAUACAGAAGAUAUAUUUUAAAAAUUUGGUUUUUAUUAUGGAAAUUAGCGUAGAUAUAGCAAUGGUAUUGGACAAACAAGACAAGUCUCAAUUAUCCAUUUUAUCAUUAAAUUUUUGAAUGUUGCCGGCAUUUUAAUCCAUUUAAAUCUCUGCCAUAGGAUAAUCUGGAGAGUUGAUUAUGGGCUAGUCAUGUUAAUAAAUGUCUAAAUAUUAAUUUAUUUAACAUUUGAAAUUUGAAGCCAAACUAAAGACCUGCAAAAGGCAGAUUUAGCUGUUACAUAAUGCAUCUUUAAUUAUUUAGGUUAUUUUGGUGUAGGCCAAUAAAUGAACAUGAAGACAUGAGGUGUCAAAUCUGUUAUGCAAAUUUGACACAACUGGGAUAGUGUUACAAUUACAAUGAUAUAUUGUCAUACUGGUAAUUUAAAGUAGCUAAGUCUCUAACUCAAUUUCAUCCAAAGUCUUCGACAUUGAAAACACAAAUUAUUUGUCAAUUUAAAUCAACAUUGAUGUUGUGAUCUUACCGGGGAAAAGAUGAGGUUCUGAUAUUCAAUUAAGACAAAAUAAACAUUUUACAAUUGGUACACAUUGGUGUACACGAAUUGUGUACCAUAAUGCGUUUCGGUGCUAUUUGUAACAAGGGACUCGAAGAACGAGGCUUGAGAUAUUCCACAAAUCAUGUCAAACAUUGACACCAUGUUCUUAUCUGGAGAGCAUUCUCAAUAACUACUGUCGGUGUAGACCGGAAUAACCAGACGCUAGAACAUAACUGAUUUGAAAUUAGAGUUAAAAAAAACAGAAAAGAUUUUAUAUACACAUUCAUGUUACAUUAUUAUAUGCAUUGCAGCCCAUUUGUGUGAAUUUCUAAGUCCCAAAUACUAGUGAUUUAGCUCCUUUAAUAUCUAUAAUCAUAUUCACAUGCUCAAAUUAACCCAGUUUGUUUUCUGACUACAGUAUUCUUACAGCAUUUGUAUGAUUUAGAUUAUAAAGGUUUAUGUAAAAUGUUUCCACAAAUUAAGAUUAGAAUAAUAAAAUAUAUUAUUAACAUUUCAAACAAAUUAUCAUUAUUUUGUUGCUAAAUUAACUGCAAAAUUAAAUCUCAAAUAUGUUCAUAAUUUAAAAAGGCAUUAUCCCUCUUAAGAAGGAAAUAAAUGUAAUUGAUUUUGAAUAAUAUCAUAUUCAAAAUAACCUUUGGCCCUCCUACAUGUACAUAUAAUUAUCAGAGGAAAAGAGGAAUGAAAUGGGGUUUAAUUAACCAUGUAGGUGGAAAAUCUUUCCAUAUUAUACCCACUAAGCGAGUAAGAUCAUAAAUUAACUGGUCUGACUCCGAUUCAGAGGGAACUAACUUGUCUUAAAAUGAUUAUUAAUCACAGCUUAAUAUUGAAAAAGGUUUUCCACAUUACAGACGUCUGUGUCUCCUGUUCUCCAACUGUUCUUUUACAUGCACACUAAUUUUUUGUAUCUGAUCCCAUCCAAACUCUGUACUGCACCACCAUAAAGGGGGAAACCAGGCUGGUUAGUUUGCCAGCUCUUAUAGAACAAAAAACAAAUUGGAUUUAAGGUCCAUUCAACACAAACCAGGUUAUUUUGGUACUGAAAUAUCGCACAUCUUUAUUUAAUAAUUUACUUACAUGUAAGGGUUUUCAUCAGUGGGAGAUUCAGAAAACUGACGAGGCUGGGCAGUCCACAACGCUGCUUGCGACUCGGAAGUUACAUGUGUAGUUGGGUUAAGUCGAAUUUUUGUUUCUUUAUAAAGGACAAAGAUCUCCAAAACUCUAAUGCCUAUUUAUUAUACAUAUUAUUUGAGAGUUUCUUUUACUUUUUAUGUUAGUAGAUAGAUUAUAACUAGCUAGGCCAAACCUGAUUCUUCUAUAUCUAUAGAUAACCUGAUUUUUGAAAUCUCAAUCAGAACCUAUUCAAAUUUUUCCAAAAACCUAAUGCUAAGCCUUUGUUCUGGUGUAUAUUAGUAUGGGUUAUGUUAGUGGUGUACAGCAUGUAGCCAAGAUCUAAUGUGUCCAAUUUAAUACUUGAUGGUUGAAGUUUAAAUAAUUUGUAGUUAUUUUAAACCCGCAUUUUCAUGCGGCCUUAUAUUGCGAUCAACAUUUCCUCUGAACUUUCUACCACCUGCAUUUAUUAUCCAAUUACCUCAGUAUUAAAAAUGCAACAAGCUUUAGCAAGAAUAGGAUGUUUUAGUACUCUUCUCCAGAUAACGCUCUUAGCUGCCAUGGUAUCCCCAUUAUCUGCCAUGGUAUCUGCAAUAGCUGUAAUGAUAUCUCUCAUAGCUACCAUGGUAUCUUCAAUAGCUGCCCUGGUAUCUCUAUCAGCUAACAUGGUAUGUCCAUUCAUUGCCAUGAUAUAUCCAUGGCCUUGGUAUCUCCAGUAGCUGCCAUCGUGAAAUCAUACAAGCUAAGUAGUGAUUAAUUUGUCUGUAGAGAUUAUAUAGAAAAAUUUAUUGUAGUUUGAAAUAGUUUUUGAUGAUACAUGAGAAUCGGCGAGAAAGAAUGGUAUUAAAAGCAGUAAAACGUAAUUCCUACUGGUUACUGGUAUCAAUUGAAUAAGAAAUUUGAAUGUCAGUCAACAUGUAUUUCGUUGAUUGUGUUGAAACGACACACGACAGGAUCGAAAGAGAUUUUAGUUGGAUGUAGCAAUACUGUAUGUGUGUGAAGGAUCCGAAGUUUGGGAGGUCUAGCAGGAUUCACUCAUAGACUAAUUUAAUGCCGGUUGAAAUGAUAUACGACAGGAUCUAAAGACAUUUUAGACUUUAGUUGGAUGUAUCAAUACUGUAUUGGUGUGAAGGAUCAGAAUUUUGUGGGUCUAGCGGGAUUUACUCCUAGACAAAUUUAAUGUCAGUGGGAAUUAGGCUUGAACAAGAAGAAUAGCAGUCAAUUCUUCAGAUCCCCAUUCCCAAAAUCUUUAACCUCUUAAAAUCUAAUGAUUGAGAUGCUUUCUAAAUCUAUCGCAACUUGAUUGAUUACCAUACUAAGCCACUGCUUUAUAAAUCUUGACUUCCACUUUAAAUCGAUUUUAUUAAUUAGAGUAGAAUAGAGUGUUUGUACAGCUAAUUAAAACUAAAAAUCUCAGUAUAUUAUUAGCGAUGGCCAGUAUAUCUCAAAUGUUACAUACAAUUUAACUUGAACAUGUUUUCGGGAACAAGAAAUUUGAAGAUUGAUUAAUUUUUGUAUUGUAUGUAAUUAAUUCCUUUCGGAACUACCUUUGAAUGGACGAAGUCCUCUGACCGUCCCUGCCAGUCCUUACUAAGCUGCAGUAUGAAAAUACAGCUGGAUCCCAACCUCUGUCCUAGGGUUAAUGAUUCCUUUUGGCGAACAAAUAAGAAUUACGGUGAAAAAUAGAGGGUACGGACUCAAAAACAGCUUUAGAACACAUGGAGGUGAUUGUAGAGUCCUAUUUUAAUAUCGCAGCUUAACAAGGGCGGACCGGAACAGUCAGAGAACUUCUUCAGUUUCAAAAGGAAUAUGAUCCUAGAAACAAUAGAAACCAUUUGAAAUUAUUGAAAUACUUACUUCACCUAUCAAAAUGGUCAUGUUAUUGUAUUAAAUGCGGGAUAGAAGAAUUUUAUCAAUCUGUUGUAAUUAUGUUACCAUGAUUUUAAUAUGGAAAAUAAAUCUAUUCAAAAACAAGAA